CCUGCUGCACGCUUUGCGUUGAUUGCAGCGGCGAACGUGGCGAGGGGGCGGCGGCGCGUUUGCGCAUUUUCGCGUAGUGCACUGCGUCGUGGCGGGGGUGGUUUCGGCUUUCUCUCGUCGAACGAACGAAGAUGGUCACGGAGGAGCGAGCCAAAAGAAAGUGCCGAGGGUCCCCCUGCGGGGGAGGGCGUAUAAAAGGGAGUAGCCGCUCCGUGGACGGCAUCAUAAGGAGGAGCCCGCAGUGUCCGAACUCCGCCCGCCGCCGCGUGUGCUAGUCGCUCGCACACCCUGAGCCACCUCUUCACGCUCCGAGUGGACGCAAGAACGGCACGCCGGAAGACGCCCGCCGCGAUGGGAUUGCCCGUCUCAAUCAAGGUGCUGGCACUGCUCUCAGUGGUCGUGUGUCACGCGGAGCCGGCCAUACCAUCGGGCAAGCGCACCCAGUACUUGGUGCAGGACCACGCGGGCAAGGGCACCUACAAGUUCGGCUACGACACGGGCGAGGGCGCCCAGCAGCAGAACUUUCGCCAGGAGGAGCGCACCUCGGACGGCACCGUGCGCGGUCGGUACGGCUUCACGGACGCCAACGGGUACCUGCGAGUCAUCGAGUACAUCGCCGACGAGACGGGCUACCACGUGAUACACGCCAAGACGGAGCUGCCGCAGAACCGGCCGCGGUCGACGGUGAAGCCGCACGCGCCCUUCCUGGGCCCGCUGCCGCCGUUCAUCCCGCGGCCGCAGCCCGAGGAGGAGGAGACCUGACCAGCGGGGCUGCCCAUGCGGGGCGACACGCGGCGGCGGCUUCCUGCGGCGCCGAGCAGUGCUUUCGACCUGCGUCGCUCGCGUCGAUCAACCAUUACGCUGCCGAGAGGAAACGCAAUUCACUUGAGGGGACUACCACGUGCCGAGAGCGUGAGCUCUCAGUCCACAUACACCGGUAACGAGACAAAUUGUGAUCGAAUGGUCGCUUGGAUGUCUAUUUCAAGAACCGCGCGUGCCUCAAGUUAUAAACGUCAACCGAAAGACAGCACAUUCUUUGAGUGUGUGCGCGUCGGUCCCCGAAUUAUGUAAAUUGUGCAGCAGUACAGUACAACAUGAUCUUUUUCAUUGUGACGAGCACUCUCACAUGAAAAUGCCACACGAGUAGUAUUUGCACAAGUGCGGCUCCGCUGGUGAAAAUGGUUCCUGUGCUUUGGUUACCUGUCAAGUCCAUACACUUCUUUUUCGGUCUUCCUUUGUUCUCGCGAAGCUGGUCGCAAUCUUAUAUUGGAUCCGUCCAUUAUUAUCUGCAAGCACGAGCAGGGCUUUUUCGUCUCUCUUUUUCCCUCCCUUCAUUCGCAGUACUCUGGCGCUUCGCUUUUCCAAGCGUGCCGGUGACAGCUGACUGACGCCGCGAGGUCACGCCGUCUUCGGGCGCUGUUUCGGCGUGCGCCCUGUCAGCUGGUGCUGACUGCGAGCGGGGAACACAGUGGCCGCGGUUCGACCGCCUCCGUAGCGGAACCCCAGUGGCAAUCCAUCCCGCCAUUCGGCGCUUCGGUCCAACCUUAUCGGCUUUUUUUUUCUUCAAAAAUACGCUCAAAAACAUAUCUUUUAAAAAAAGGUUUGAACUACGCCUUAUUUAAUAUUUUGGUCGCCGAAAGUCGGACGACACCGUUUGCAGCCGCUACGCGUGCUUCCACACGAACCAAACCCGCAGUGCUUGCCGCCACGUAUCACCGAGCUCGCCGGAGCCAAAAAUAAAAUUGAUUGACACCGAAAUUAAAUUAGGGUGUCAUCGAGCGAGGGAACGCUGGUAAUUCGCAGUGCCACAACGCGUAGAAGAGAGAGAGGGGGAAAAGCUUCUCUCACGGAAGCAUUCCGCGUCACGUGGAUGCCAGACCAGCUGAACGCGAAAGGGAAGCCCGAAAGCUGCCGACUGUGAUCCUGUCGUGUCUUUUGUUGUGGUCUUCCAUUGCAGCGCGUGUAUACCCAGAAAUUUUCGUUAGUUUGUGUGAAAUGUGGAUGUGUGAUUAAGGCGUGCUAUGUGGCUGCGUGUGUCCUCUCCCCCUUCUUCCCUUUUGGGUCUGCGCAUUUAUUACGUCCUCAUCUCAUUGUGAGCAACGUGACGCAUGCUGAGUGAGAAAGUCUGGUAGCAGAAGUCGUUGCCGACAAUUUGUUUUGACACCGUUCUCCUCUGUGUGGAUCUUCAUUUGUGUACUCUGUGUGGAUCUUCAUUUGUGUACAAAGAAAAAAAAAGAGAGAGAAAAACAAAACUCGGUGCUAGACACCAAAGUGCAAUGAUGACAGAGUGUAGAGCUGUGCUUAGGCAAAUAAUUUAUUCGCAUAUAGCGAGCUAGAGCUGAAAGGCAAGUGAUAAAUAAAGAGAUGUUCGAGUGCGUUAUUUUAUGUGAUAUAUAUGUCGUGUGUUAUGCUACAUUUUAUGCCGCCCUGGGCUGUUCGAAGAAUGAUUAUGUGCCUUCUGCGAAAAUAGUGGUCUGCCUUCGAAUAAUAAAAACUGUUACCAUAAACUA